UCAAUAGUGAAAAUUUAUUGUAAAAUAAUAUUUACGGAUUUCUAAUCUAUUUGUGUGUGGAUGAGUUGAUAAAAUUUUAUCUGAAAAAAUCUUAUCAACAUCUUCGUAAUGUUCAUUUGAUUGAGAGUAAUCGUUUGAUAGAAUAUCAAUCUCAUAUCAUUGUCGUGCUUGUCAAUUCACCAAAGCGUAACAGCGAUCGGGAAAAUAUUUUUUGUAACUUUAUACUGUUUUGGCAAAUGAUUCUUUGUCUUCGUAAUGGAAGAUUACAAGUUUUUGUUUAAAGUCGUAUUAGUUGGGAAUGCAGGUGUUGGCAAAACGUGUUUAGUGCGAAGAUUCACUCAAGGCUUAUUUCCACCAGGCCAAGGUGCUACUAUAGGUGUGGACUUUAUGAUCAAAACUGUUGAAGUCGACGGUGAAAAAGUAAAGUUACAAAUAUGGGAUACAGCUGGUCAAGAACGUUUUAGAUCAAUAACACAAAGCUACUACCGUUCAGCCCAUGCUUUAAUAUUAGUGUAUGACAUAUCAUGCCAACCAACGUUUGACUGUUUACCAGAUUGGUUAAGAGAAAUUGAAGAAUAUGCUAAUAAUAAGGUUUUAAGAAUAUUAGUUGGUAAUAAAACAGAUAGAGAAGAUAGGGAGAUACCCAGACAUAUUGGUGAGGAUUUUGCCCAGAGACAUGGCAUGUAUUUUCUUGAAACGUCAGCAAAGGAGGCGGAAAAUGUGGAGCGUUUGUUUAUGGAGAUUGCUGUAGAGCUGAUGGAGCAAGCAAAAUGCAAGGACGUGCCAAAGUAUGACAGUCUAGGACCAAUAAAUGGAAAGGCGUCAUCUGGAACUGAUACUUCAUGCUGUCUACGUUCAUAAACAAUUGUAUUUUAAGUAAUUAAAAAGGGAAUUUAUUUGUUGACUUUGAAAAUUUCAAUAAAAUAUUAUAAGAUUAUUGAA